CCUACUUGUAGACCUUCCUGUUAAGACCGACCUAAGACUGCUAGACCCUGGCUGAGGCUUUCUGCAGACUGUUUAACACCUCACUGGGUAGCAUUUAAAAAAAAAAAAACUAUUCAUUUUUAUGUCUGUCUGUGUCUGUGUAAGUGCCUGCCACCUGUGUGAGGGUGCCCUUGGAAGCCAGCUGGCAUUUAGGCCGUCGUGAGCUCUCUGAUGUGGGUGCCGAGGACCAAACUCCGAUCCUCUGCAAGAGCGGCAAGUGCUCUUAAUGGCCGAGCCAUCUCUGCAGCCCUGGGUGACCACCUCUAGACCCAUGGUCCUCCAAGAUCACCGUCACUUUUUUUUUUCUUCCUCUGGUGCUGGGGACGGAACCCAGGCCGGUACUUUACCACUGGACAGUACAGCCACCCCACUUUUAAACCUAAGAUUUGAAACCUUCCAGUGUCUAGUCGUUUUAUAAAAUCUGCUUUGAAUUUUAAACUCCAUGUCCCUCUCCACCGUGCUGAUCCUUGGCUGCUGACCGUGUUUGGCCUCUCUUCCCUCAGGGUUGAUGCAGUGGUUUCUAUCUCCAUUCCUACCUUCUGUCCCCAGCACCCCCAGAUGGCAAACGAAGCUAGUGAAGGCCCCCUUAUGCCCUGCUCACCUUUCCUAUACUUUCUCUUGCCUGGCGCAGGCCUACCUGAUGAUGCUUCCAGCAUCAGGACCUGUAGUCCUAGACUACUGUGGUGGCACUUCAAGGCUCGUCUGCUCACUUCUGCUUCCUGCCUAGAUUGCCCACCCUUUACCACCCUCCGUGGCUGUGGUCCCCAUCCCUUCUUCCUGGGGACUCCCCGUGUUCUGCUUUUUCCAGAGUUCAGGUUGGAUCCUCGCAGCCCCCGGUGCUGUCUCAAAUGAGAGGAAAUUGGUGCUUCUCACCUUGGGUUGUCCCCCGUCAAAGGCCAGCGCUAGCUUCUCAAGGUUGUGAUGUUUACCUUUUUCUGGUACCCUAAGCCAUGCCCUGAACACAGACCUGACCUUCAAGAGCACGUUUACAGGCACAUUACAGGCCAGCUGUCAUCACUGGCCAAUCACAUAGCAGGGAACCCACACUUGGUGGCAUUGAGACAGGUGUCUAGCCAGGAGCACAGUCAGGUGAACAGGCAGACAGAUUCCUACUCAGCGAGAAGUUGGAGCAAUCUUGGAGGGAUCAAGAGAUGGAACAUGCCUGAAGGGAGGCGCUCCAGAGAGGCAAGUAGGUUAGAGGCUCAGGCAUUAUGAACACAGAUGACAGACUCUGAAGUUAUCUCGGAGUCAAGGGUGGGGGCUAGGGAGGAGCUGGUUAGGAAAUUGGGGGGCCGGGGGUAGGCCCCAGGCCUCUUUACCCAGGGCAAGAAGGUGGCCCAGUGGCUUCAAGGAGCAGAUGAAGGUCUGGUGUCCUAAAGUCAUACUCGAAAUGCCUGGAGCUAGAUAAUAUAAAACUGACAGCAAGAGGCUGGGAAGAUGAGUCCGUGGGUAAAGUUUAUGCCAUGCAAGCAGGGAGAGAUCUGAAUUCCAACCUCCAGAACCCAUGCAGAGCUGGUGCGGUAGCAUGUGCUUGUAAUCUCAAUGCUUCUAGAAUGAGAAAUGGGAGGCAGGGGCAGGUUCCCAGAAGCUUGUUGGCUGGCCGGUUCCCCAGCAUACACAGUGGCAAACAGCAAAGAGACUCUUCGAGAAGGUAAGGCAAGGAUUGGUGCCCCAGAUUGUCCUCUGAUACUCACACAUGUACUGGGGCAUUCGAGUUCUCAUACACGUAGGAAUAUAGCGCGCGCGCGCGCACACAUACAUACACACACACACACACACACACACACACACACACACACACGAUAAAGGCUCAGUGACUAUUUGUGCCUUCAGCCUUGGAGGCUGAGAUGAGAUGGAUAGAUACCACUCGUUUUUAGACAUCCAUUGGUAUCACUCCCUGAGCAGAGUCAGGCAGGUGUCUGACCCAAAGUAAACACUCGUGGGCCCAAAGCAAAAACAGUUUCUAAGUGUUUGUUAUAUUUGCAACUUUAUACGCAUUAAAAUACUUUUAAAAUGCCUGAGUAACCUUUUAUUUGUACAACUUUUAUUAUUAUUAUUAUUGUACUGAUUUGUUAUCUGCUAUACUAAUGAGUUCAUUCUUUUGUUUGUUUUAUUUUUCGAGACAGGGUUUCUCUCUGUAGCUCUGACUGUCCUGGAACUCACUCUGUAGACCAGGCUGGCCUCGAUCUCAGAGAUCUGCCUGCCUCUGCCUCCUGAGUGCUGGGGUCAAAGGCGUGUGCCAGCACUGCCUGGUGUCAUUUCUUGUUUGUAAAACAUAUUAUUGCACUUUUGUUAUUUUGUGUGUAUGCGUGUGAGCUUGUGUGCGUGUUGUACGUGUGAGGGUCAGAAGACAACUUGGGGCUGUGGGUUCUCUCCUACCACCAUGGGGGUCCUGGGAUUGAACUCGGACCAUCAGGCUUGGUGGUAGGUACCUUUCCCUGCUGAUCCAUCUGGCUGCUCCCCACUUCUUGGCCAUUUCCCAAGCCUUUGGGGAUGCUUCUCAGGUAAAACCUGGCACCCGUUUACAGUACGGGAGGCCUUCUAAUACUCAGUGGUUAAGCUGAAACCUAUUAACCUAUAAACUCUCAUGUUGGUGAGGAAAGGACUAUCUAACCUUCCUACAGGGAAGGUGAGACUUACUGACAUUAAGGUUGAGAAAGUGGGACCGUGAUGCAGAGAAGAAACAUACUUUUGUGAUUCAGAUGAGAGCUCCCAGAUUGCUGAGAACCCUGAAGUUGACUUAAGUACUCCUUUUCCGUUCAGGUAGAGGAGGGGCUGAUUUAUGCCAUACAGAGAUAAAAAUCUCAUGGUCCUCCAGUAGUUGUAAUCUCCCUCCCCCUUUCUGGCCUAGAACUCAUUCUGUAGCCCAGGCAGGAUUUGAACCUGUGAUCCCCCCCUUGCUGCAGCCUCCUGAAUAGCUGGGCCUAUAAGCCUUCAUCAUGAGGUUCUGCUAGCAUACGGAUAUUUAAGUCACAACUUGUUGUUAGUUCUUAACAAGUAGAAGGCAUGUAAAAAGAAUUUGAGAGUCAUGUAAAUGACAUGAGAAUUACAAAAGAGUUACAGUCAUGUAAAAGAAUUUGAGGUAUUUACUCUUUGAAGGCUGAGCACUGGUUUAAAAUUUUCACUAAAGAUGUAAAUUUGGAAAUUAAGUAUUCUUACAGAUUAAUGAGGAAUCUUGGAAAGUUAAUCAUGGCCAGAGAUUAUAGCUAUCUUGUAUAUUCGGUUAUGUAUUUCUUAUGCCUUCCCUGUUCUAUUGGCCGUUGUGUGGGAUCAGGUGCAUAUUACUGAGAAAGGAGACUCCUUCCUGUGGUUAAAGAGUAGAUGUUAGAACUCAGGUCCUUUCUCAUAGGCCACAUUGUUCUUAAUCCAGUUUAGAGGCUAUGACAGGGCAGAGCCUCUAGGUGAGAGCUGUUUGCAUUAGGGAGGAGGUUCUCAGGCCCCUGAGGCCAUGUUCUACUGACUGACUUUGGAAGCUGAGAUCUCACUUUUAUUUAGGGGAAAUAAAUGACCUCUCAUUAGACUAUAAGGAGAGAAGCAGGUGAUUUAACUCUUAUCUCAGUAAUGAGAUUAUCUGCCACUCAGACAGUGGAAAUGAGGUCUCCUCAAUUCCUGGUAAAAAAAGGUGAGAUGUCCUGACCUGGGACAUCUGACCUGGAGGGAGAGUAGGCACUCAUGGCUCUUAAACAUCAGAGCUGGGAUGGAGAGAUGGCUCAGUGAUUAAGUGUGCUUGUUGCUCUUCCAAAGGACCUGAGUUGGAGUCCCAGUUCCCAUGUUGGCAGUUCAUAACUGCCUGUAACUCCAGUUCUGGUGGAUCCAGUGCCCUCUUCUGGCCUCACAGUACCUGUACACACAGCAUAUAGUCAUAUAGACAGAUAAGCACUCUUCUGGCUUCAGGGUGCCCAUACACACACAGCAUAUAGUCACAUAGACAGAUAAGCCCUCUUCUGGCCUCAUGGUGCCCAUACACACACAGCAUAUAGUCACAUAGACAGAUACACAUAAGUAAAAAUAAAAAAUUUUAAACAAAAAGAAUAAUUUUUAAAAAAGCAUCAAGGCUAAUAAGUUGAGACUUUAGAACACAGCCCUAAAGGAGGGGUGGGGGUGGGGAUACUCUGAUUAUUUAGCAAAGGAGAUGAGAAUACUUGGUGUUGAGGUAGGAAAGAUAAUACUUUGUUGUAUUCUAGUAGAGGAGAUAUGUUUCUAGCUCAAGAGGUGAGACCUUCUGGUUACUCACAGAGAAAAGAUGAACCUCCAGAUCAGUGGUUUUCAACCUUCUUAAUGCUGUGUGUGACCCUUUAAUAUAGUUCCUCACGUUGUGGUGACCCCUAACCACAAAAUUACUUUGUUGCUACUUCAUAACUAUUAUUUUGCUACUGGUAGGAAUCGUAAUGUAAAUAUCUGAUAUACAGGAUAUCUGAUAUGCGAUCCUAAAGGGGUUGUGACUCACAGGUUGAGAACCACUGCUCCGGAUGCAUGCCCAAAGAGAUGAGUCCUGAUUGUCAGAUAAAGACUGGAUGCCCUGAUACCCUGUGAUCUGAUACUCUGGUAGGGUACGUAAGACCUUCUUGCACUCAAAUAGAAGAUAUGGAAUUUUGUGACUUAUAGGCAGUGGGGAUAGGAUCUUGAGAUAGGCAGACAUGAAGUUGAGAUGAGAACUUUGGACAGAGUAGAGAAGACUUUGAGAUAUUCUUGGAGAGGAGGGGAAAGCAUAUGACAUUUAGGUAGGAGAUGAGCCUGAACUCGGGGAGAGGAGACUUGUUGGUAGGGGAAAUGAAUACUUCUGAAACUUCAUUAUGGAGUUGAGAACAGUUAAGGUACACUCUUCCAAUAUUCAGCUAGAGGAUGUAAGAUCUCUUGAUUUUGGUAGAGAACAUGUGACAAGGUGCCACUCAUGGAAGAAAUAAGACCUUGGGCCCUGAUGUGGAAAAGAAGAGUUGUUUUCACAUUGGGGAGAGGAAACCAUAGCUUUCUGAUGCUCGGGUAAGAUAUUCAAGGCUUUAUGGCUAGCUUAGGGAGAUGUGACGUCCUAAAAAGUUAUAUAAGAAAGUAUGACAUUUAGUUAGAGAAGAGACCUGGAGAAAUCAAGAUCAUCCCAUAGUCCAAGAACUGAACAUACAGGAGGAGAUAAAAAUGUCUUGGUGAGCUGGGCGGUGGUGGCACAUGCCUUUAGUCCCAGCACUUGGGAGGCAGAGGCAGGCGGAUAUUUAUUUGUGAGUUCGAGGCCAGCCUGGGCUACAGAGUGAGUUCCAGGAAAGGCGCAAAGCUACACAGAGAAACCCUGUCUCAAAAAAAAAAAAAUGUCUUGUUGGGUAGGAGAGGUGGCAUCUUGUGACACCCCUUAGAGGAGAUGUAACCUUUCUAUCCUAUGGCACGCUGGUGGGGACUUACACUCAGAGGAGACAAGGCCUUGUGACAUCGUUGCAGGGACAGUGGAAUAUCAUAGUAUGUGUUGCUCAUGUCAUACUAUCUUUUGACAAUUAAAAAGAACACUCGAUGAUAGGCAGAUAGCUGUGAUGAAAAUUCCUGCGGGGCAGGUAUAGGCAAUGAUCACAUGUGGCUGCACUUAGGUUCAAAAGAAGAGAGCUGGAGACCUCCGGGAAACGUUGUGAUGCUCAGCAAUGGACAGGAAGGUGGGCUUUGAAGUCAUAAGUCAAGAAAAUUCAAAAUGGCUAUUUGAAAGUGUUCUGAUGACAUAUACUUCUCCCAUCCCCACCACGUACCAAGGAUCUCUCAGUCAGUGGAACCUGACUUCUUUUUAGCUGUGAACACACUGUACUACCUCAUUACAGGAGGGCCAAGCUGCUCUUCAGUCCACGACUCUGUAGUGUAGUGGUUUCAGCCCCCAAAGAGCACAUCCUGAACAUUCAUAAAGUGAGACUUCAGGAGACGUGGGAUGAAUGAAGGUCUUGGGACAGAGCAAGUGGGUUGUACAAGAGUCCCUCACCACCCCAAGGUCAGGAGAGUUUACGCAGGAAGUUGGGAUGUCACCUCAGCACGAAUCAGUUAAUCAAGGAGGCCUGCCUGGUCUAACUGCUGAGGUGGGGGUGGGAGAUCAUCUUGCUGAUUGGCCAGAAGGCUGUGGAGCUUUGUGAGGUCACAGCUUGCAGGCCAGGUUAGGGCAGGAGUAUGGUAGAGAUGCUGCCAACUGUCGUUGUGCUGGUCUUGGCAAUGUCCGCGUUUGCCAGAAAUAACUACACGUGUGAUGGCCCCUGUGGGUUACGAUUCAGGCAGAAUCCACAAGCAGGUAUCCGGAUUGUUGGCGGGCAGAAUGCGCAGCGUGGGGCCUGGCCCUGGAUGGUCAGCCUACAGAUCUUCAUGCCCCAUAACAGCCGCAGGUACCACGCCUGUGGAGGCAGCCUACUGAACUCCCACUGGGUGCUUACAGCUGCUCACUGCUUCGAUAACAAAAAAAAAGUCUAUGACUGGAGACUGGUUUUUGGAGCACAGGAAAUUGAAUAUGGAAGAAACAAGCCAGUGAAAGAGCCUCUGCAGGAGAGAUACGUGCAGAAAAUUGUCAUCCAUGAAAAAUACAACAUUGUGACAGAGGGGAACGACAUUGCUCUCUUGAAGAUCACUCCUCCAGUUUCCUGUGGGGGCUACGUCGGGCCUGGCUGCCUACCUCAUUUUAAGGCUGGUCCUCCCAAAAUUCCCCAGACCUGCUACGUGACUGGGUGGGGAUACAUAAAAGACAAGGCCCCCAGGCCAUCACCUAUCCUGAUGGAGGCACGUGUGGAUCUCAUUGACCUCGACCUGUGUAACUCAACCCAGUGGUACAAUGGGCGUGUCACAACAACUAAUGUGUGUGCAGGGUAUCCUGAAGGCAAGAUUGACACGUGUCAGAGACAACGUCAACAGCCCCUUUGUGGUCGUGGGGAUCACGAGCUGGGGGGUAGGCUGUGCCCGUGCUAAGCGUCCUGGAGUCUACACAGCCACCUGGGACUACCUGGAUUGGAUUGCUUCCAAGAUCGGCCCUACCGCCCUGCACUUGAUUCAGCCAGCCACCCCUCACCAGCCUACUACUCA